AUGCCCUGCUUCAAGGGCAUUGCGGUCAGCAUUCAUGCGAAUUCUGCCCCGCUGCCAGAGCAUGGCAUGCAGAAACAAUCUCGUCUCUCGCGGAUCAGUACCUACAUUCCUGUGCCCCAACCUCAGCUCGCCGAGUCAAACAAGCCCGAGCCUGCGAAAUUCGCCAUCUCCAUUACCCUCCUCACCCCUGGCUUGCCUAUCCCAUACUCGACCCCGAAACCUAGUGAUGACAACCCUUACCCGAAACCCCAAUUUGUUGGCGGUCUAGGGGAACGGGGCAAGUCUUCUGGCGCCGUGAGCCCUUACAUUCCCAUGACCAACUCCGAGAAUGAGACUAUCGCUGCCUAUAUCUAUUUCGAUGGCAGAGCCAAAGAGGAAGUUGCAACCCUCCUGCGACCGGGUGAAGAAACCUGGGUAAACAGCCGUUGGGUGCAAGUUCCAGACUCUGAGGGCGGCGGUCUGGCCGAGCGCGAGUUCUUGUUCCGCGAGGUCGGCUUGGAACGCUGGCUUAAUGGCCUGGAUCUAAAGGGGCAUGAUGCCGCCGAGAAGACAGAGAAGCGUCGCCAGAAGUUUGAGAAGCGCCGACGACGACAACAAGCCCUCGAAGGAAACGCCAGUCUUGACGUGGACCAGGGUUCUCCAGGCCGCAGGAGUACGCUACGCUAUGGCGCUGACGACAAGUCCCCCAUUGAGGCUGUUGCGGACGAUUCCGACUCUUGGUCCGACGAUGACGAUGAACCUCCUGAGGCGACUGGGCAAAUCAAAGUGGCUAUGUUCCGCGUACUUGCCUCUGGCGAAAUCAAGAAGGGCGAAUACUCCCCCCAAUUUGAUGCCCACGAUGGCGACGAAGACGACAUGGGCUCCAAGGAAGGCAAUGGUAUCGAUGCUGACGUUGAACACACGACGAGCUUUGCUAAGCCCAAGACCCUUGAUCCCAAGACUAUUAGCACACAGACGGUCACAGGUAUCGACGGGCCAGACAAGCCUUACGCUGUCUUCACCUUCUUCUACCGAGGAGAGCGGCAAUUGCAAAAGAUUGGCGUUCUACAAUCGUCGAAGAACCCCCAAACAACACCCGCUUCCGUCAAGCGUAGGUCAGGCCAAAUCGACUUUUCCAACUUGGGGCCUCUCAAAACAGGUGGUACCGUUGGAUUCUCCACAUUCCGCGACCAGGCUACCGAGGCCUCAAGAAGACGCAAGGCUAGAAAGAAGAGCAAUGGCAACAUUGCUGACGACAGCGACGAUGACGACGACGAAGAAGACGGAAACCUGGGCAAGAUGGAGGAGGUAUAUGAUAAGGACGUAAACACCAAACUUGCACCAGAAGAUGCCAAGUUUCAGGGCGAACUUGCUGACGGCGUGGAUCGUAUUCACCUUAAGAGGGCGCAUUCCGCAGAUCCAGAUAGCGUCGCCGCAUCAGAAGCAUCACAAACCCCGAAUGCCGGUAGCACAUCCACGUCACAAGCACCCACGGCGGCAGGAUCCCCUCCCAACAACUUUCUUUCAAACUCUGCAGGUCUUGACACACCUAGCAAGUCAACCUUCCAGAGCCCGCUUAAGAAAUAUCGACCCAGUGUCGAUUACUCAGUCGAGGGCUUUAGCUUGGGCUCGGGCUCAGGGUUGAAAACAGAGGUGGACGCAGGCACUUCUGGCGGCUCCGGCUCCGGCUCUAGAACACCUUCCAAUGUCGAGGUGCAGAAGCCCAAGGCCAAUGAUGAAGAAGAGCUAUGA